GGAAAUAUGGGCAAAAAAAGAAAGGCUUUUGAAGAUAUUAACAAAAAAGCGACAGGUGUUCGAUUUGACAAACUUAAAGGGCAACACAUUCUAAAAAAUCCUGGAGUUUCGGCAAUAAAAGGCACUGACACGGUAAUGGAAGUGGGAUCUGGUACUGGAAAUAUGUCACUAAAAAUUAUGCAAAGAGCAAAAAAAUUGAUAGCUUUUGAAAUAGACCCAAAAAUGGUUGCAGAAUUACAAAAGAGAGUUAUUGGAACUCAAAAUCAGUAUAAAUUAAAAAUAAUUACUGGAGAUGUAAUUAAAAUAAAAGAAUGGCCCCAUUUUGAUAUUUGUGUCUCUAAUUUGCCUUAUAAAAUAUCUUCGCCUUUUGUUUUUCGAUUAUUGUUGCAGAGACCUUUGCCAAGAUAUGCUGUUUUAAUGUUCCAAAAAGAAUUUGCUGAUCGUCUUACAGCCUCUCCUGGUAGUAAAUGUUAUUGCCGUUUAUCUGUUAGUGUACAAUUAUUAGCAAAAGUCGAACAUUUAAUGAAAGUUAAACGUUCAGAAUUUGUACCUCCUCCAAAAGUUGAUUCUGCUGUUGUACGCAUAGAACCUAGAUCUCCCCCACCAGCAAUUUGUUAUAAGGAAUGGGAUGGAAUGUUAAGAAUUGCAUUUAUGAGAAAAAAUAAAACUAUUCUUUCUUUAUUUAAACAAAAGAAUGUUGUUAACAUUUUGGAGCGUAAUUAUAAAAUUGUUUGUAAAACAAAAGGAAAGGAAAUUCCUGAUGAUUUUUCUAUGGAGGAAUUAAUUGAACGAACACUUGUUGAUGGACAAUUUGCUAACCGGAGAGCAAGAACAAUGUCUAUAGAAGAUUUUCUUGCUCUUUUAAUUAAUUUUAACAAGGAAGAUAUUCAUUUUUCUUAA